CUCCUACAUAAGUCAACAUACCUUAGAGGUAUAUACACAUUUACCUACCUCCUGUACACGUCGUAUUUUAUCUUAUACCUACCUACCACUUUACAACCAUGAGCGGGGAGAGACAGCCAGAUUUCGGCGGCAACGUCACGCACGGUGGCGCAUAUCCCGCUGGUGGUGGCUAUCCCGCCGCUGACGACGACGAUUUCCGCGGGGCCGUCGAGCACGCGAGCCGGCACGCGGGGGGCUCUGGCGACAGCGAUCUGUUCUCCAACCUGCUCGGGGCCCUCACCAAGAAGAAGCAGUCCCUCGCGGACGAGGACGUGGACGAGGACGACGCCGUGAAGCAGCACAAGCGCUUCUUCGAGAAGGACGACGAUGACGCCGACGCCGACGACAAGAGCUUAGGUUCCGCCGCCGCCAUGCAAGCCCUCAAGCUGUUUACCAGCGGUCAGAGCGGCAACACCCAAGAGAGUAGCAGCAAGAGUGCUUUCAUAGGCCUCGCCAUGGCUGAAGCCAGCAAGCUUUUCGACCAGAAGGCGUCUCAAGGCAAGGUCUCCAGUGAUAGUAGCAAGGAGUCCGCCGUGAUGAAGGCCGGCGAGAUGGCCCUAAAGAUGUACCUGAAGAGCCAGGGCGGCGGCAAGACGGAGUCAUCGUCCUCAGGAUCGGGUAUCCUCAGUCUGGCGUCCAAGUUCCUCUCGUAGAAAGGACCAGCCAGGACAGUCCUGCAAGGUUCCUGCGAAGGGAACGGUCGCAUCGCCAGCCCAGACAUUUUGGAGGGAUAUUUCAUGUCACGAUGUUUAUGAUGUUAUGAUGAGAAAGCGCAUGCUUUGUAUCUAGCUGAACCGCGUCUUCUGGAAAAUCAACUGAAAUCUCAGGUGGAACUAUCUGCCCAAAAAGAAAAAAUGCCGAUCAUUGACUCUCUGAAAGCAAAAGCUCAC